GUACAACCCGUCCAGAAAUGACUACAAUGCGGCAUUCGGUCCGCAUGCAGUUCUAAAUUAACAGCGAUGUGAUCCAGUAGAUCAGUGUCCAGUGUGUGAGAGUUGCGUCCCAAAUUAGAUCAUCCACUUCGUCCAUCUCCUUCAAGUUACAGAGCCACAAGCAAGUUAAGAAAAUUCUUACCGAAUGGCAGUUGAAUUACGACUGAAAAAACCCGAUAAAUCCCCGUGGGGUUUCCGUUUAGCCGGCGGCGCCGAUUUCGACGUCCCUUUGACCGUCAUCAAGGUUGCUCCAGGAAGUAUUGCCGAAAAUGCUGGAAUGCAAAUUGGUGAUGUUGUUGUUAGGAUUAAUGAUGUCGCGAUAUCACCAUUGACACAUGUUCAAGCUCAUGACGUUAUUGUUAGUGGCGGAAAUGAAUUUGUUAUGGCUGUUAGAAGGGGCGAUCUUUCCAAUUUACCACCAAGACUACUCCUGUACGAUUCCGACGUCGAAAAUGAAGCAACCCCAAAAGGCGAAGCUGAUUUAAACAUAACCGACGAAGAGAUUGCAACGAUAAUUGGAUCUCAAGUCCAAUCCACACAAAAUCACGUACAAGAUGUUUCAAUUUGUCACCAAAAAGAGGAAAGUGUGCACGAAGAAACCGUAGAAGUUAGCGUGCAAAAAAGUCAUGUGGCACAAGUUAUAAUCGAAGAGCAAUCUCAACAACAACUCGAUGUAGCAGCUGAGAAGAAAUGGUCUACGUUUCUUCAAAAACCAAAAAAUGCUAAACCUAAACCGAAACCGCAACAAGAAGAUGCACCAAAAGCGGCCCCUUAUAGAGUUGUAAUAAAGAAGCAACCUAAAAAAAGCGAAGCAUCCCCACAAGGAAGCACAAGUAAUAAUAAACCCGAUGAUGUUAAUAACAACGAAGAAAUACAAGACACAGAAAAAAAUGACGAAGAUAAUAAAGAAGAUGUUGAAAUUAAAGCAGAAUCAAUCGAUGAAAACGAACCUGAACAAAUUAUUAAUGAAGAAUCAGAAGAAGUGAUUCAAAAAGAAGAUAAUGAAGAAGUUCAAAUUGAGGAUGAUGAGGAUUUAGAACGAAAUGAGCGAAUGUUGCAAGAACAAUCACAAAAAAAACUUUCGGUUAAUCUUGAAGAACAACUCGCUGAAGUGCAAAAACAACUACAAGCUUUAUCACAAUUACCAUCUGCGAUUCAACAAACUUUAAACGCCGUAACCAGACAAUUAUCAGAAUUAGUUUCUGCGUCACAAGAAAUUUCAAUUGAAACAAAUGUAAGAAUAGAAGAGGAGGAAUCAAUUGAGGAACAAACAGAAUCUGUUGAGUAUCGUGAACAAGCUUUAUCGGUUCUUGAAGAAGCGAGUUGCGAGGAAGAAGAAACGGGGCAAGUGACCUUUGAAGCAGCAGUAGCCCGAACGGAAAGUGAUGAUGAACAGGAAUUAUUCGAAGCGCUCGAGAGAGAAUGCGAAAUGGAAUCGCAGAUAAUGACCGAGGAAGAGAUGGUGGCCCAUCAGCUCGAACAAGAAAGACUGGAAAAAAAGGAAAAGGAAAGACGCGGCUCUUCCUCCCAUCCUUUAACACCGUUGCAACGUCCAAUAAUAUUACCCGGUGGUAGAAAAUGGUCCGAUCCAAAUGAUGUGACGCCAAAGUAUCGAAAACCAUCCCUUACCGAUGAACGAAUAGCAAAGACCAUCAACUCGUACACUGAAGUGGUUUCCGGUCGCACUAUGGGUAUAAAUUUCUUGAAAUACCAACCACCCCCGAAAAACCUCGAUUAUCUUCAAAAAAGCGCCGUUUAUCGUCUAAUUCACGAGAUGGAUCCUCCACCACAAGGUAUCGUAUCGCGAGAUAUAACUGUUUUAGCGGAACAAGACUAUUAUGGCCAAGUAGAAGUAAGCGAAUCUUCAGCGGACCUAGUUUAAUAAUUAUUAGACCAUCUUCAUUUUCUUUUUCUUUCCAAUUUUAUUCUGAUUAUUAUUAUUUUUUUUUUGAAAUUUGUUUUUCUCUUUGCUUUUACCUUGUUGAUUUUCAGUAAUGUAGAUAAUUCUUUAGUAUAAUAGUAUAAAUAAAUUUAUAUAAACCUAA